AUGAGUGCUCAGGAUAUCCAGAGCUUGGUCGAUUUGGGUGCGACUCUCGCUCAAGCAAAGGCAGCACUUCGGGACGGGAACGACGUAAAUGAAGCCGCUACCCGCUUUUUUGAGGGGCGCUAUGAUGUUGUUGUCGAUGCUGAUGACGAGCCAAUGCCGGAAGCGUCUGGCUCGAGAGUCAAGCGUGCUGCCCGAAUCGAAACUCCUCCAGAGGAAGCUGAAGAUGACGAAGAGCUGGAAGAUGACGGGGAGGUAGAAGACUUUGCCGUGGAUUAUGACUCCGACGUCGAAAUGCAACCUCAGCGUCAUAGUGAUGGUUCAGGUGUUGAUCCAUACGCAGGGAUCUUCUUUUCCAAGGAUCGCCGCGAGGAGGUGAUUGAAGUCGAAGACACCCCUAAAAUGGACAAAUUGGAGGAUGGGACUUUGAUUCCCAUCAUGACUCAGGGAGAAUGGAUGAAAGGAUGCCCCGAGGGAGGGGAACAGGGGUUGUUGUUUCAGCUAUAUUCUCUACUUUCUUCUGCUCCGUGUGGAUGUCCAUCGCAGUGUGGUCACACCAUAGAUCGCGAUAAGAGGAUGUUUUUCGGCAUUACGCCCAAAUUCUCCGCCUAUGUCGCAAACCUGAGGGCAUCCGUUUCUCAUCGUUGCCCGACAUGCUCAGUGUUGUUUUGUUUGGCCUGCGGAGAUCGUAUCGAUUCUGAAAAAGCUUCCGCCCCCGAUUAUGAUCCUCUCUUCCACUGUCCGAACCUCCAAGGUGUUAUCUUGGGCAUAGGUCUUUUCAAGUUAGAGCAUCUACACAUCGAGCAGAGCCAAGGUCCCAAUUCUGACCCUGCUCAGAGCAAUGCAAAUAAAAAGAAGCGCAAAGUAACCGCCGUAAACGAUCAGGUUGAAUCAAACGAUGAGGUUCUUCGCCCCACAGUAUUUCCAAAGGGCAAGAAGGCAAAGGGGGGCACCGGUUAUGCUGGGAACCCCCAGGAAGAUACGAGCGGGCAAUUGGAAGCUCUGAUGGCUCAACAGGAGAGAGAUACGGAAGCUGCUUCCUUGAUGGAAGAAGUCCGAGUGUUCCUUCCUUCGUUAUGCCGACUGGGAGGCGCCAGGACUAGCGAUUAUUUGGUCCACCCUACCGCCCUGGCACAUCUUCGCCGUCGAUUUAAUCCGGUCGCUAGCUCGUUACUCAGGAAUGACUCGCUGACAGACAUGUCCGACCGGAAUACUUUGUACUUUGAAUUGUUCGAGUGGCUUGAGACUAUCUCAAACCACGAGGCUCUAGCUUCCAUGAUGGCAAUGCCUAUCAUGGUUCAAACGUCAUCCACUCCUUUGAAAGUACAAACGGGACUCGCGAGGCGUGGAGCAGGAGCGGAGCCUGGCCCCAGGGAGCGGACCAUCAUAUACGAAGGGAGCUCGGGGCCUCGCGAACUUAUGGAGUCUAUAGUCAUACAAGCACAAGCCGCGAUGAAAGGCCUAGGAGUUGUCCAGGAUGAGGCAACCAGAGAGAAAGUUAUGACCGAAGAGGAAAAACGCCAAAGUACCCUCGUUAUCCCGGAGCAAGCGAAAGGCAAGGCCAAAGCUCUGCCAAUGAUCGAUGAUAAUGUGAAGCUUCGCAAAUUCUGCGAGCGCAUCAUUAGUACAGCAGCUUCAGUUGACCGAUCGCUUCGCGAAACGAAGGGAGACGCAUUUGUGGAACGCCUGCAUGCCAGCCUUCCUAAGAUUCACUCUUCCACUCGUUCCCACAGUGAAACAGAAGUCAUCGGAGCCACAGACGCAGAGACUCAGAGAAUUUACGUCGAUUGGGCCUCGCGUGUACGGUUCGAAUAUUGCGAUCUUACGACCCCACCCCCUCCCGUAGACCCCAACGACAAACCGGCCCCAGCGUUUGUGGACGACCCGAUUCCCAACUACUUGCAUAGCUAUAAUGGGGAGAUACGGAUGCUCGCUAAUGCCGAUAUCCCAAAGCGGAGUCUUGCCAUUGCAAAAGAGCUAGCGGUGUUGACCACAAAUCUUCCAGUCGCCUGGGACUCGUCCGUAUUCUUGCGCGUCGACGAAGCUCGCGUCGACAUUAUCAAAGCACUUAUCAUUGGUCCAGAAGGCACCCCCUUUUUGUUUGAUAUAUUUCUUGGCCCUAGCUACAAUCAGCAACCUCCAAACGUCAAGUACAUCACAACAAAUGGCGGAAGAUUCCGCUUCAACCCGAAUUUGUACGCGGACGGAAAAGUAUGUUUAUCACUUCUGGGCACUUGGGCAGGACCAGGAUGGGUAUCGGGGAAAUCGACGCUUCUCCAGGGAAGUCUUCACGUUCUGAUAUCUAUUCAGUCAAUGAUUUUAAAUGACGAACCGUACCUCAAUGAACCCGCUUGGUCCGAGAGUUCCGGGACAUCCCAAUCAAUGGCUUAUUCGGCCAAUGUACGACGCAUGGUGGUCAAUACCGCCAUGCUUGGUGCACUGAAAUCGCCUCCGGAGCCGUUCGGAGACGUAAUCCGAACACAUUUCCGUCUCAAGGCUGCAUCCAUUAUCAAGCAGCUUGAUAAAUGGCUAUCCAUGGAUGACGGACGCACCACAGAUGGGAGGAACCAUGGAGAUGCUGGAUCAAUCCUUCGUGGAGAAUCUGGCGGAAGCCAAAAUGGAUUUAAGCGGGACAUUGAGGAGCUGAAGGGUAUUUUUAGAACACUCUCAGACUAG